AUGCCGAAGUCAAAGAGGGACAAGAAAAUUUCGUUAACAAAAACCACCAAGAAGGGACUGGAAUCAAAGCAGAAAUUAAUCGAGGAUCUACGAAAAUGUGUGGACACCUACAGAAACCUGUUCAUAUUCUCUGUGGCCAAUGUGAGGAAUAACAAGCUGAAAGACAUAAGGACUGCAUGGAAACACAGCAGAUUUUUCUUUGGAAAAAAUAAGGUCAUGAUUAUUGCCUUGGGAAAAGGACACACAGAUGAAUAUAAAGAUAACUUACACAAGGUCAGCAAAUAUCUGCGAGGAGAUGUGGGUGUGCUGUUCACAAAUAAAACAAAGGACGAAGUACAAGAAUACUUCAAUCAUUUUAAAGAGAUGGACUUUGCUCGCGCAGGCAACAAAGCACAGAUGGACAUAACUCUGGAUGAGGGACCUCUUGAACAGUUCCCUCACUCGAUGGAACCUCAGCUGAGACAGCUGGGACUCCCCACAGCUCUGAAGAAAGGAGUGGUCACGCUGCUCAAAGACCACGAAGUCUGUAAGGAGGGAGACAUGCUGACUCCUGAGCAGGCUCGGAUUCUGAAACUCUUUGCCAUUGAGAUGGCAGAAUUCAAGGUGCAGAUUAAAUGUAUGUGGAACUCAGAAACAGGAGAGUUUGACAACUUGGCUGGUCAAGAAGAGCCUAUGCAGGAUAGUGAAGAGGAUGAAGAUCCAGAGUGA